AUGUCCCUUGAAAUGGAAGACAGUGUGACAAUGGAUAUGACUGCAGGGUCUGUUACAAGUCAUGGUGAAUACACGAGCGAUGUUACGCAAUACAGCAAUGUUGACGAGGCAAUGAAUGCAGACGAGGAUCAAUAUCGUGCUAUACAGGUUGAAAACGAGGAAACGGAUCAUGGAGAAGUGGAUGGAACGGGUGAAGGAGCAGUAACUCAUGGUGAAGUCGUGACACAGGGCCUGCAUCGAAUUAAACGGUCCGACAGGCAUCUUAUGCAAACUCCACCUCCUCCUGAAGACUCUGAAGAUGGGGAAGAAGAGGACGACGAAGAUGAAGAGGAUGAUAAACCUGCUACUCCUCCACCUCCCCAAAAUAACCGAAAAACACCUCCCGUAGCUGCCAAUCAUAGUCCACAAAGACAGUCGAGCAGCGGCACAACUACCGCAGGAAAGGGGUCUUCACAACUGCGUACCUCGAAAAGAAACGUUGCAGAAGAGAUUUUUGGUGCAUUAGGGGCGAUAGUUGGCGUCAUUCUCGGCUUCCUCGUGCUCAUUGAACUCAUGCGAAUCAUCAGGAAUCCGAAAAAGAGUUGCAUUCUGACCCUCAUCUCCAAGAUACGGGGACGUCCACUGUUUGAGUGA